AUGUCGACAAAGCCUGUCGAAUAUGUGUAUGCCCUCUACAAUUUUGAGGCGGAAAAUCCAGAUGAAGUGAGUUUCAAGGUCGGUGAGCGUGUCCUGGUAGUGGAGAAGGACGAUGCCUACGGCGAUGGUUGGUUCCAAGGCACGAAUGAGCGUGGAGAGACGGGUCUCUUUCCGUUCUCGUAUACGACGUACGACGAGGCUGCGGCACGUAUGAUGCUGAAUAGCGCUACAUCACAGGCUCCGGCCGAUAAGGAAGCAACGAAGGAGCGGUCUACUACCGCAGUGGAGCCCGAUGCCACCAGCAAGGCCGCCCCGACGACGCAAACGAAUGAGGACGCGACCAAAGAGCGUCGCACUGAUGACGUGGCGCUUGGCAGUAUCGGUGCAGCGGCGCUGGGCGCCGGCGGUGCUGGUGCUGGUGCCGCGGCCGCCUCUGCGACCCAGGGCCCGGCUAAAUCCAGUGGCGUUCUGCACUCGACGAUGAACGAUAUCGAUAAUGCGUUGUCGGAGCUCAAGACGUCGUCCCCUGUCAUCCCUUCGGCGGCCGAGGAGGACGAAGAUGACGAUGGGAGUGAGAAUGGAUUUGUCGGCCAUGCGGCUGCGCGAGCAGAGCUUGCGAAGAAAGCGCGCAUGAGCCUCGCACAGCAGGCGCAGGCGCAGGCAGAAGAACAAGGCGGCGCAUGGAAUGCAUCGCAUGGACUCGGUGAGCCUGGCAGCAUCUCCAAUGCCAAGCGCAUGAGUCUGGGUGGCACAGCACCGGGCGUGACGCCGCUGGCCAUGCUGGAAAUGAGUGAUGAGAGUGAGGACGAAGAAGAUGCGAUGUCUGCGACGCCCGCAUCGCCCACUCGAACGACUGCUGAACCCGUUGUGCCGGUCGUGCCCAUUGUGCCACCCAAGGCGGCGCCUGGUGCGAAUGAGACGACUGCGCCUGUGACCACGAUGCCGCUGGUCACGCGCUCGGAUGUCACAGAGCCUGUGAAGCCGGCUGAGUCGGAGCCUGUGAAGCCAAUGGAGGCUGUGAAGGACGAGCCUGCGAAGCCAGCGGAAUCGAUCCAGCCUGAGCCUGCGACGGUGGUCCAGUCCGAGCCGGUGAAGGUGGUCCAGCCUGAGCCGGUGAAGGUGACGCAACCCGAGCCUGCGAAGGUGGCCCAGCCCGAGCCGGUGAAGGUGACGCAACCCGAGCCUGCGAAGGUCGCCCAGCCCGAGCCCGUCAAGCCUAUGGCGUCGGCGCAACGGGAGCCUGUCAAGCCUACGCCGUCCGUGCAGCCGGAGCCUGUCAAGGCCGUCGAUCCGGAGCCAGCGGUCUCGACGAUGGACGAGGACGAGGAUACGCAUGAAGUGAGCAUUCCUGGCAGCUUCUCGAUGGACGAGCCGAUCCGAAAAGCGGCGCCGCCCAAGCCGGUAGCCACAGCGCGUACGACCACGAGCCGUGUGCCUGUGCCGUCGGCAGCCACAGCGCCGUCCGCCACGGCGCCAAGUGCUACGAUGCCGACGACGGACCCGAUGACGUGGAGUGUCGAGGAGGUGGUCCAGUGGGCCAAGGCGAAGAAAUACGAUGACCAAGUGAUUGAGAAGCUGGCCGAGCAUGAAAUCAGCGGUGAUGCGCUGCUGGCGAUGGAUAUCAAUAUGCUCAAAGAGAUUGAUAUCGUGGCGUUUGGCCGUCGAUUCCACGUGGCCAACGGUAUCAAGGAGCUGCGUGAGCGUGGCGUCGCAACGAGUUCGGCGCCGCUCUCGCCGAGUGUACAGAGCCCCCCACCGGCAUGGGCACAGGUGCCUACGUCGCCGCCGCCGAUGACGGGGAGCGCGCCGAUCCCCGCGCCGAUCACAGUGCCGUCGUCGGUCGGCACGCCCGUCACAGAAAAGAGCCUGGACUUGCGCGAGACAGCGACGUCGGCCUCGGCGGUGCAGAGCACGCCGCCUGUCUCGAGGACGCUGGCCUCGGAACCUUUGUACCUCUCGCCUACGCACCGUACGCAGCUGGCGCCGCCCGCGUCGUGGUCGUCGAUGAAGGCAGCGACGCGGUUGCCAUGGGACAAGGAUGUGCCUGUGUCAGCGCCCCUCUCGUCGUCAACGACGACGUCGUCGUCGCCGCUGCCCUUCUCGGCGCCUGUAUCGACGUCGACGCCGCCCAAGGUGCCGAGCUCAGUGCCGACAGUCAUUGCAGUGCCAUCGGCGUCGACGACAUCGGCCACUGACCUGCCAGGCGUGCCGCGGCGCAUGGCCGACGAUAAUCAGCAACGCCCUGCGACGCCGCCCAAGCCUUCGCAAAGCCCCUUGUCGAGCCCUGUGAUGGUGUCCAAGCCGAUGCCUUCGGUGCCGCAGGACACGGCGGCGCAGGCGCCCCAGCCUGUUCCCUUGCCGACGCCGGUGACAGAGUCGGCGCCUGCGCCCCCGUCGCCGAGCCCCAAGAUGGAGUCGCGCUCGCGAUUCCCGUUGCUGUCGCCCCGCCCGAAGCAGACGCAGGUCUCUGCUCCGAGCGGCGCGGCUCCGAGCAAGAGCCAGAUUUCGGCGCCGAUGCCGGUCGGCACAACCACUGCCGCGGCCGCGGGCGUGGGCAGCGGAGCGGCGGCGGCGACCGCCAGCACCACGACGGUCCUCAGCAAAAUUGGCCCGGUGGACAAGCAGGGAUGGAUCAAGAAGCGUGGCGAGCGCUACAAUACAUGGAACGCACGCUACCUGGUCCUGCAAGGCAACGACCUGCUGGUGCUGCGGGAUCCCAAUGCCGUCAAAGUCAAGAGUCAUAUUCCAUUGCGUGGCUACAAAGUGUACGCCGACGACCCUUCCACGGGCCGUCAUGGCUUCAAGAUCUUGCAUGACGCCGAGCGGACGCACCACUUCAGUCACGAAGAUCCGAAGGAGCUGCGUGCAUGGAUGAAGUCGGUCAUGAAGGCGACGAUAGGGCGCGAUACCUCGCAGCCAGUCAUUUCGUCGUACAGCAACCCGACGAUCUCGCUGGAGGAGGCCCAGCGUCGACGUCCUCGCCCGCCCAGCCCUCAUCACCCCUCGUCACGUGGGCAGGCGGACAGCCAGGCCGCCCCGACGGGCCUCGCUUCGCAUACGCCUACGUUGUAA